GACGAGUGCCAUGGAGGAGACGCUGCCCCCGCUGCAAACCGGCAGCAAGGCGCACCUGGAGAAGCUGACCCUGGGCGUCUCACGCAUCCUGGAAUCUUCUCCUGGUGUGAAAGAAGUGAGCAUAAUAGAAAAGCUGCCUGCUGAACGUCAUAUGAUUUCUUCAUGGGAACAAAAAAAAAAAACCAAUUGUGUGAUGCCUGAAGAUGUGAGAAACUUCUAUUUGAUGACCAAUGGUUUUCAUAUGACAUGGAGUGGGAAGCUAGAUGAGCACAUCAUUCCACUGGGAAGCAUGGUGAUUAAUGGCAUUUCAAAACUGACUCAGCUCAACCAGUCUUCUAUGUAUUCACUUCCUAAUGCACCAACUCUGGCGGACCUAGAGGAUGAUGAAGAAGGCAAUGAAGAGCAACCAGAGAAGCCUCGCUUGGAUUGUCGCAGCGUGAUAUUUGAACUGGAUUCGUGUAAUGGCAAUGGGAAGGUUUGCCUCCUCUACAAACAUGGGAAACCUGGAUUAGCUCAUGACACUGAGAUCUGGUUCCUGGACAGAGCAUUAUACUGGCAUUUUCUCACAGAUACCUUUACUGCCUAUUACCGCCUGCUCAUCACCCACCUGGGCCUGCCCCAGUGGCAAUAUGCCUUCACCAGCUAUGGCAUUAGCCCACAGGCCAAGCAAUGGUUCAGUAUGUACAAACCCAUCACCUACAACACAAGUCUGCUCACAGAAGAGACCGACUCCUUUGUGAACAAGCUGGACCCCAGCAAAGUGUUCAAGAGUAAGAACAAGAUCUUAAUCCCAAAAAAAGAAAGGCCUGUGCAGCCUGCCAGUGCCCAGAAAGGACCUGUGCCUGUAGCUUCUCCUACCCCUAAAUCUUCCUCUGGCUCUGCAAACCCUAUCCGAAAAUAAGCAUCCCACACACUU